GCGUCAAGAUGAAGAACAAUCCACUUAAUCAUGAAAACAACUACUGGAGUCCAGUCAACCUCGAUCCUGGCCGUUGAUUUGAAAUGGAUGUAACAUUUUUUGUAUUUAUUAAUCAUCUGGAAAAUAUCACAGGAGUUUGACGAAGCGACGAAAUUUAUGUUCAAAUCAACUACUGGAGCAAAGGAUUGUUGAGGAAAUGGUGUUUUCCGAGCGGUCAACUUUAUCCAAGCCUAUCGCUUCCAACUCCAUUUAUCUAUGCUUCGCCGCCGAUGGGAUUCUUCCUGCUGUUAUUCUGAUCGGAGCUUCAUUUGGUUGGCCUCUGAGUGUUGGCGAUUCGUGAAGUGAGUUUAGAUCGUUUCUCCGAGUUCCGGUAAGUUUUGGUGCUGUUGAACUAGGGCAAUUUGGGAGUGACUUUGGAAAAUUGUUGCUAUUCGUCUCAGCUCUGGUGAUCGGGAUGGAAUAAAUUGAUUAAAUAGUCUUGAUCGCUUUCUUAGGGUUUGAUUUCCAAAGAUGGCUGAUCUUCUUGUUAUGUCAUCAAUAAUAGCGGCCGUCAUGGGCGUGUUGCUGGCCCUAUCGCCAAGAGUAUAUGCUCAUGAGUUUAUGAUGGAAUCAGGGGUUUCAAGUGCUCAUCAGAUUCCUUACUCGGUUUCGGAUGGAAUCAGGGGUUUCAAAUGCAACUUUUUUGCAGGUGAUAUUUCAGUUAAAACAUCAAGGAAACUGUUAAGGGAAGAAAGGGAGGAGGAAUACACUAACCUUAAAGAUGGUGAUUAUCCUCAUCGUAGAGAAAAACAGGAUGGGAAAUCUUUGGCAACCCCCCAAAAUAUUGGAAUGGUAGUAACUGGAACAUUCGUUUUAUGUUUUGGUGUUCUCUGUCCUUGUUUUUAUCGAAAGAGGAGACGCACAGUUCAAAGAGGCAUUGAAAUAGAACAACCAUCAGUUCAUUCAGCCUCCAUUGAAGUGAUGAACCCUGCUCCUGAAAAGGUUCCAGCCAGUCCACUUCGAGUACCACCUAGUCCUAGAUAUUCCCCAUCUCCCAGAUUCAAACGGCUUGGAUCUGUACAUCUCAACAUGAGCCAAGUAGCUAGAGCAACUCAAGAUUUCUCCCCAGCUCUGCGCAUAGGCGAAGGAGGUUUUGGAACUGUCUACAAAGCACAACUAGAAAAUGGGCAUGUAGUUGCCAUAAAACGUUCGAAAAAGGAACUGUUCGAGAAUUCACGAACUGACUUUAGCAGUGAAGUAGAAUUACUGUCCAAAAUUGAUCAUCGGAGUCUGGUUAAGCUGCUAGGCCAUGUUGAUCAUGGAAAUGAGCGCAUUAUCAUUACGGAAUAUGUAGGAAAUGGUACUCUUAGAGAACACUUGGAUGGCGUGCAUGGAAAAAUAUUGGAUUUUAAUCAGAGACUUGAAAUUGCCAUUGACAUUGCUCAUGGACUAACUUACCUCCACAUGUAUGCAGAGAAGCAAAUUAUUCACAGAGAUGUUAAGUCUACCAACAUUCUUCUUACCGAAAACAUGAGAGCAAAGGUGGCGGAUUUUGGAUUUGCAAGGCUUGGAACAUUGAGUACAGAUCAAACGCACAUUUCAACUCAGGUGAAAGGAACUGUUGGUUACCUUGACCCAGAGUAUAUGAAGACUUAUCAACUUACUACCAAGAGUGAUGUCUACUCGUUUGGGAUUUUACUCGUAGAAAUUCUAACAGGACGCCGUCCAUUGGAAGUUAAGAGGCCUCCUGAUGAGCGGGUCACAAUAAGAUGGGCUUUCAACAAGUAUAGUGAAAACAAAAUUCUGGAAACCUUAGAUCCUUCAAUGGAGGAAACUGUUGACGCAGAGAUUGUCAUCAAAAUGUUCAAAUUGGCAAUCCAAUGUGCAGCACCGGUACGAGCGGAACGACCAGACAUGAAAUUUGUUGGGGAGCAGCUGUGGUCAAUAAGAGCAAAUUAUAUGUCACAGAAGAAGGCAAGAUUACCUUAAAAAGGUGUAUUGUGUUGGAAACCCCCAGAGGUGACCCACUGUGAUUUCAUCAAUUUACCAUGUCAUUUAGAAGUUCACCUCACUUCUUCAGAGUCUUUCCACCUUUGAUGCUUUACUUAGUUACCCCUGUCAUUAGAGUUUUCACCUCCAACAGAUAUCAUUCAUCUCUGUUUUAAUAGGUGAAUCACCUAUUAAUUUAGAGUUUUUCUUUUCCUUCAACUUCUCUAGAAUUGAAGUCAACAACACUUGUGUACCAUUGUAAAAAAGGGGGGUUAUUCCCAAUUUGAUGGCAAAUGAUAUUAAAAAUUGAUAUUGCAAUUGAAA